AUGAAGACGCUCAAUUCAUGGCUCAAGGCGGGCCGGAGGACCGGGCUUGAGCGGUUUAACAUUUUUGUCGGCGGUUUUUUGUACAUUAGCGAGGGAGAUGUGGCUGCUUUUCGAGUACAGCUCACUACGCUGCCGGAUUGGAUGAAGCAAGUGGAGAUUACCUUGCUGGAGGCGCUUGGGCCGCGGAUUGCAGUCGAAUUCUGGUCGCAAAAAAUCAAGGACAAGUUUGCGCACAUUCACAUGGAUAACUUGGCGGCCGUGUUUAGCCUCGCGCGGAAUUCGAGCAAGAAUUUUUAUGUGGCGCAAGUUAGUCGAAGUUUUCAUGAUUGCACUUCCCAGUGGGGAAUUGAGUGGUAUGUUAGUUGGAUUAGCACUCUUCGGAACAUCGCUGACGUUUUGACUAGAAGGGAGCGGCUUUCUCUUCUUGAAGCCGCGUUUCAGGGUGUUCCUGUUUUUGACAUCCCACAGUCCUUUUUGAUCGAGCAUGAAUUUUUGUGGGGUGAUUAUGAAUUCAGACGAGUCCCUAGGGCGACCCUUCUUGAGGGUGGUGAUUUCACUGCCCCAGGGAGGACAUAG